UAGUCACCGCCCCCUCCGCGUGCUCGUCCAAUCGCUGCAGCUCACUCGACCGGAAGUUUUGAACGAAUCGUACGCGGGAAAUUACUUCUCGCUUCAGUUGGACAACAGAGGAGGUCGGUGUUGCAUAUAAGAAAAUGAAGGUGGUAACGUGUGAGAUUGCGUGGCACAACAAGGAGCCAGUCUACAGUCUGGACUUCCAGCACAGCUCAGAUGGACGCGUUCAUCGGCUGGCCACAGCUGGAGUGGACACCACAGUCCGACUGUGGCGGGUAGACACAGGCCCAGAUGGGAAGGCAGUGGUGGAGUUUCUGUCUAAUCUGACUAGACACACCAAGGCUGUCAACGUGGUGCGCUUCAGCCCCAAUGAAGAGCUGCUUGCCUCAGGAGGAGAUGAUGCAGCGAUUCUGCUGUGGAAGCUCAAUGACUCUAAGGAGCCUGAGCAGAUGCCCAUGUUCCAGGAGGAUGAAGAUGCUCUGCUCAACAAGGAGAGCUGGUCUGUGGUCAAGACAUUAAGGGGACACAUAGAGGACGUCUAUGACAUCUGCUGGACACGGGAUGGAAACUUCAUGGUGUCUGGGUCUGUCGACAACACUGCUAUUAUGUGGGACAUCAACAAAGGACAGAAGCUGUCUAUCUUGAAUGACCAUAAGAGCUACGUGCAGGGGGUGACCUGGGAUCCUCUGGGGCAAUAUGUAGCCACCCUCAGCUGUGACAGAGUGAUGCGUGUGUACAACACUCACACCAAGAAGAAAGCCUUCUGUAUCAGUAAAAUGAGCUCUGGGCCGCUUGCAGAGGGAGAGGUCAAGCAGCACAGAAUGUUCCACGAUGACAGCAUGAGGUCGUUUUUCCGACGUCUUUCAUUCACACCAGAUGGGUCUUUCUUACUCGCUCCAGCUGGAUGUGUGGAGAGCGGAGAAAACAUCAUAAAUACCACAUACAUCUUUUCCAGGAAGAGUCUCAAGAGGCCUAUCGCCCACUUGCCGUGUCCAACUAAAGCUACACUGGCUGUGCGUUGCUGCCCCGUGUACUUUGAACUCAGGACCAAGACUGAAGAAGAUGGUUCUGUUCAGGCUUUUCCCAACGUGUUCCAGCUGCCGUACCGCAUGGUGUUUGCUGUGGCGUCCGAGGACUCCAUCUUCUUGUACGACACGCAGCAGACCCUUCCCUUCGGCCUGGUGUCCAACAUCCACUACCACACACUCAGUGAUCUAACAUGGUCACGUGACGGUUCCUUCCUGGCUGUGUCCUCCACAGACGGCUACUGCUCCUUCUUGUCCUUCUCUCCUGGGGAGCUGGGCACUCCGCUGAAAGAGCCCCCCACCCUGGAGGUCUUUACCCCAAACACUGGUGUUGAGAAAAAGGGAAAGAAGUCGGCGGCGGCAAGGACCUCCUCUCCUUCGACCCAGCCACCAAGCUCAGCCCCGACUUCCACAUCCCAAACCAACCUGAGCAAAGACGCCCCCUCUGUGACCCCCCCUGAGGAGAAGAAGAGCACCCCGAGUGCCAAGUCUAAACCUCAGCCCCGUAGGAUCACCCUCAACACCUUGGAGGGCUGGGGGAAGCCCUCUACCCCUAAAAACACAGCUCCUUCAGCACCUCAGACCCCAACAUCGGCAAGCACAAGCGCACCCUCUACUCCCCAACCUCGCAUCACCCCCCUCACCCCCACCAGCUCCUCCACAACCCAGCCACGCAUCGCCCCCCUCACUCCCUCAACACCGAAAGCGUCCAACAGUGCUAAUAAUGCUGGGCCCACUACUCCUAAGGGUACGACUACUCCUAAGGGUACCACUACUCCUAAGGGGCCCACCCCGAGGAGAGUUUCUUUGACUGCAGUUGCAUCCCGAUCUCCAGCUGUUAGUUCACUCUUCCGCACUCCCUCCUCCACGGAGAAGGCCAAACACGAACGUCCUUCUCCUCCUACUGAUCCAGUGUGCCAGCCUCCAGAGUCCAAACGUUCGAAGACCAGUGAGCCCGCAGCAAAGAACAGUGCCACCCAGACUUAGUGUCUAAUGGGAACAGUGUGGUGCUGUGAUUUCCGAAAAGAGUCAAUACUGCAGGUGACGGUUAAAGAAGCUUCAGUACCACUGAUGCUGCUCAUGGAUGAAACACCAGAGUGCGAUGGCAUCGUGCGUGUGUUGAUAUCGUCUGUACUUGACUUAACUAGAUGAAGCUUUAACCUCAUAUAAUGUACUCAGUUAUAAAACAAACUGCCUUGGAGUAAGUGUCCUUUGAAUACUUAUUUUAGUCACGUGUGUGUGUUUUUGUAUCGUACAGUAAACAGUUUUGUAUUUGAUUUGUUUGACAUUUUAAAUGCUCAUGUGCUGUUGUCAAAAGGAAAGUUCUGUCUCACUUCUUUUCAAGAAAGUGAUUGUGAAACGAAAACUGCUCGAAACCUGAAGAAGAAAAAUCACAAGCACCUCCACGGCUUAAUGCCUUGUGAGAGUUUUGAAUAUACAACCUGAGUCUUACUUUGCAGAAGACUGAGUCAGCUGCUUCAGUGGAAAGCUAAAAAAUGUCAAGUCUUUUUCUCAUUGUCUAAUAAAGGACGUUUCAUAUACAGUG